UUACCUCCUGGAAACAGUUCAGAUUUUAGGUUUACUUGUUCAUAAGAGAAACCUGUUCACCAAUGUCCCAUAUAAGUUCAAACUGCAGCAGCAUUUAUAGUUCUACCUGGUUAUUUUCCUGAUUUAUUAUUGAAAAUGGCAUCUAAAGGAACACAGCAGUUUUCUACUCAUCCGCCCUGCUGGUUGAAAGUGGAAUUGCAACUAAAGCAAAUAACCCUGCUGCAGUCUUCUGUAGCUAGCGCAAACAAUGAGCUAACAGUAACACGAGCCAACUAAUACUAAAAUAAACCACAAAGUAAAAAAUCCAAACAGUUUGACACAUUUUUUAUAACAUAUCCAGUAACAACAAAGCCAGGUCAUCAUCAGUCCACGUUUUUUUAAAUUUCAUUCAAAAUAAAAACUUACGUCCUCGACAGGUGUUAAAAUGUGAAGGAGGGGGCAAAAUGGUUUUCAUUGUUGUAAAAGGUUCUAAAAAUGAGCAAACAGAUGGUGAGCAUUAUAAAGAUAAUGCAAAACAAACAAACUCUCAAAAAGGUUAACAUUACACCAAUUACCAACGAUAAAAACACCUGGUAAAAACAUAUUAAAGGGAAAAGUGAUAAAAAUGUUGCAAAAGAUCCAAACUUAGCUAACUUAUUGUGUUUGACUGCUGCUAGUUCAAUCAGUUGUGGAGGUGUUUUCACAACGUCAUUUCCUUCAUUCUUAGGUUUUCCCUCUUUGCAGCUGCUUAAACCUAAGAAGAGUUAGAUUUGCAGGGUUAAAGGUAUAAUUCUCACUGCUGUUUACGGAGGAUUCAGUGAUUUCAAUGAAGGUGGAUGAUUUAAAUUUAAAUAUCCGGAUCAUUUAAUUGUUUCUGAUAGUCAUAUGUCUUUAGAUUUGUGGAUGUGAGAUUUGGUUUAAAUCUCACAUCCACAUGGUUUUUAAAAUUUCUCACAAAACAUGAAAAAUUCCAGCAAAUCUCCAGAUGAUGGUCCUCCAAAUUACCCCAAUGUUUCCUGUUUAUUCUGUGUAUUCAUUACUUUUCCAUCUUCAUUUCCAUCUUGAUCGGCAUCCUCCCUUCAUUCGGUUGCUCUAGUAACUUCUUGGCAGGUUCUUCUGACAGGAUUAAAGUAAACGGGAUUAAGAGCAUUAAAAAAUCCCUCUCUCUUCACAAGCCAUCUGCCUAUCUACCUGAGCCAGGAGCUGUGCUCUCAGCCCUGAUUUACAACUGCAGAGGGAAGCAGAAGACGGACUCUAUUGUCAGAUGAUUUUCUCUGCGUUAUUAAUCACACCUGGAGAACUUUGAACUAUGCACUCUUGUAAACUGUGGCUACAAAACUUGAGAGGAAACACAUAUCUGCUCAAUCCCUUUCCACGUCCAAGGAUUUAGGCACAAUCACGGAUUUAACAUGAGCAACGUAACUUUGAGAGGUCUUUUCACUGCUCUGUUGACUCUAUUGGUCAGCAUUUUGGACAAACAGACAGGCUCCUCUAUGGGACACCCCGGACAGCCUGCUGUGUUCCCACACAUCACCCGCGUGUCUGACGUGAAGGGGUCCUAUGAAAGCCACGUCAUUAUUUCUAGACAGAAAAGGAACAUCUUUUUCCAGAAUGGAGUCAGACUGUGUGCACAAGAGACUGCUGAUCAAGUGGUGGAACAUCAUCAGAACUACUUUCACCUGAGAGUGUGCCAGGAAACCAUUUGGGAAGCUUUCAAGAUCUUCUGGGACCGAGUCCCCAAACAGGAAGAGUACCAGAGAUGGAUGAACCACUGCCAGGAGGGCACACUCACGGCACAAGAUAUUAGCACCUACUUCAGCCAAUCAGAGGAGCACCAGGCUCUGGUUAAACAGAGAAUGUCACAUUCAGGUUCUAAAAGUGAGCCCAGCAGGCCCCAACAGCAUAUGUGCAGCACACCAACAGCAGCAACUCCAGAUGCUGCUGAAGAUCCUGGACUAGGAGACAUAAGUGAAGAAAAUGGGGACGGAGCUACAGUCUCACCUGAUGAGAGUCCAGUGUCCAAUGACAUCACCGUGCAGCCAACCAGCACCACCGUUCUGGAGCAGGUGGUGGAGCUGAGCAUCCUCUUGACAGGAGAGAUUUUCAGCGAUGACCUCAAUGAUCCGGCCAGCCUCAGGUUCCAAAUGCUGAGCAGACACCUCGCUGAGAAGAUAGAAGACGCUCUUGAGGGGCUUCCUGGAUUUAAGAGUGUGUCUGUAAUCGACUUCAGACCACAGAAGUAUCCUCAGGGGGUGGAUGGGAUAAUGGUGGACUACGCAGUCACAGUUGUGGUGAACGGAGCAGGAGUGAGCUCUGAACAGCUGAACUACCUGACCCUGCAGCUCAACCGGGUGGAGAAUUCACACCACGAGGUCCAGGAGCGGCCCACUACGGUCGACACCGUCAGCGAGGUGAAGAACGUUUUCACCGAAGCCCUUCACAUCACCGAGGUGGAAAGCGCGUCUGAAGUUCCCGAGUCUGUCAGCGUAGCAGAUGGAGCCACAAGUGGCGCUGUUGAGGAGUUACCAGAGGUUAUGCCUCCAGAAGGGCAUGGUGAAGAGGACGUUCUGGUUAUGCCUCCAGAAGGGCAUGGUGAAGAGGACGUUCUGGUUAUGCCUCCAGAAGAGCAUGGUGAAGAGGACGUUCUGGUUAUGCCUCCAGAAGGGCAUGGUGACGAGGACGUUCUGGUUAUGCCUCCAGAAGGGCAUGGUGACGAGGACGUUCUGGUUAUGCCUCCAGAAGGGCAUGGUGAAGAGGACGCCCUGGCUGCAGAAACCAACACAGUGGCAGCAGCAGAGAAUGAUGUUGUAGUUUUGGAGGAGAGUGCUGUGGUGACCCCUGCAGUUGUGUUGACCAUAGAUGAGCCUAAAGCAGACAGCAUUGAAGAGGAAGGUCUGUUGGUUGGAGACAUUGAACAGGCUCCUGCUCCAGAGACCAUCUCACCUAAUGAACCUACGCCAGAACCUCCCUCUUCUGAGCCACCAGUGGAAAUCGAGGCUUCUGGCUCAGGUCCAGAUCAUCCAGAGGAUCUAAAUGAGCCCUCAACAUCCACUGCAGAAGUUGAAGAUGUGUCCUUUGAGAAAACUAAAGAUGAUAAAUCAGAGGCUGAAGCUGAAAGGGUGGAAGUUACUGUGGUAGAGGAAGAAGCCACUACUGGAACUCCAAAAGAAAAAGAUUGGGUUGACUUUGAGAUCUCCACAAUUGUAACCAAAACCAUGAAGGAAGAAGAUGCCACCAUUGGUUUAUUGGUGACCCAGUCUGACAACACCGCAUUUGAAGAGAAAGGCUUUGAAGAGGCAAUACAGAGCGAAGGAAAUGAAUCUAAAGCGGGAACCUCAUCUGAAGUAUCGGCCAUAGAGGCAGAAGCUCCUCUUGCACCAGAGAUCUUCAAAGAAGAUCUUCUAGAGGAUGAGAUUUUACUGGUGAACAAAGAGGAUCCAGAUCCUCCAAGGCCUCCCCAACCAACAUCCUUGUCUCCAAAGUUGGAAUUACCUUUCACUUUGACAUCUGAUGUUAUCCCAGAUUCUAAGAUUCGACCUCAUGCAGCCAUCACUUCAAUAAUGGAGAUACCGGUCAUUCCUGAGAACUUUGAUGAUUCCACCACUGGAGACCUGGGAUUUGGUGUGGUUUCGUUUGAUUAUGGUUUGACCAACCACACAGAAGAGGGCAGCACUGGAUCCCCAUUCAAUGUGGUGGACGGUACAGACCUGGCCAGUAUCGCCAUGCCUGGGAAUGCUGGGCGAGCUCUAAUGGUGUUCUUCAGCCUCAGAGUGACCAACAUGGUCUUUUCAGAAGAUCUCUUCAACAAGAGUUCUCCAGAGUACAAGGCUUUGGAGCAACGCUUCCUAGAGCUGCUUGUGCCAUACCUCCAGUCCAACCUGAGUCACUUUAAGAACCUGGAGAUCCUGAACUUCAGGAAUGGGAGCAUUGUGGUCAACAGCCGAAUGAAGUUUGGAAAGCCAGUAGCUCGUGGCGUCACCACCACCGUUUACUUGAUCCUGGAGGACUUCUGUAACACAGCUUACCAGACCAUGAACCUAGCUAUUGAUAAAUACUCACUGGAUGUGGAAUCAGGUGACCAAGCCGACCCCUGCAAGUUCCAGGCGUGUAACGAGUACGCGGAGUGUAAAGUGAACAAGUGGUCAGGGGAAGCCGAGUGUGUGUGUAACGCUGGAUACUUCAGUGUCGAUGGUUUGCCUUGUCAGAGCAUCUGUGAGCUGCAGACGGAUUUCUGCCUCAACGAUGGCAAGUGUGACGUCAUUCCUGGACAAGGAGCAAUCUGCAGGUGUCGAGUUGGGGAGAACUGGUGGUACAGAGGGGAGCACUGUGAGGAGUAUGUAUCAGAGCCGUUGGUGGUUGGCAUAGCGAUUGCCUCUGUAGCUGGCUUCCUGUUGGUGGCAUCUGGAGUCCUCUUCUUCCUGGCCAGGACUUUACGGGAUCAGUAUGACAAGGAGGACUCAGAGGAUCCCAUUGGGCGAAUGGAAAGUAUCCCAUCUUUGGAAAGAGCGACCAAAUACAACCCCAUGUAUGAAAGCGAGGCCACCACAGGCUACAGCCACUACUACCGCCGUUACCCUGAAGCUCCUGUGUACAGCAGCGCCAGCGCCGAGGCCUCCACGGACUUCAGCAGCGAGGAGAUACGACACAUUUAUGAGAACAGCGAGUUGACUAAAGAGGAAAUCCAGGACAGGAUACGCAUCAUUGAGCUCUACGCUAAGGACCGGCAGUUUGCAGAUUUCGUGCGGCAACAUCAAGCUGUCCUGGAGACCCGAAGAGAGAGCUCAUCUGUGCAGACCUGAGACAGACGAGGAACACGCUUCAUGCUCCUCCAAGUUGGGACUGGUUUGGUUCCUUCCAGGACUUUUCUGACCUCUACAGCAGCCCUGCGUUUACCCAUCUGUCUGCAGAGAUCUUUGAUCGUUCCUCCAUGUUACUCUGUGCCUUUUUCCUGACUGGGUGAGCUUAUCGUGACUUAACGGCCCACGCUGGCUCGCAUGUUUGCUGCUUGUCUACUCGAUUUGAUUCUGUAGGGGAAACUGGUCUGAAUCCUGUUACUUGAAUUAUUGAGAGACACAUAAAACCAAACGACAAAGUACGAAUGUUUAAUGGUAUGAUUGUUACUUUGAAUGUUGUUGUAAAUGCCUUCUCGUGAAAGGGAAGAACAUUAAAGAGCAAGUCAUCCCCAAAUCAGCUUAUAUUUCUGAUAAACUAUAUAAAUGUGUGUCUAAUCGCACUGCAGACACGUGUCGUCAAUAGUUUUGCACUUUAGUGCAUUUUAGAUAAAAUUUUAAUUUUCUGCCUAAAACUGUCAGUGUUGUGCCGUUGUCAGGUAAAAACUCUGCACUGCAUUUGAAUUUAAAUCUGCCAUCGCUAUUGGCUAAGAGGUACCCUAGAACGUUAGCUGGUACCAUAUGAUGUCACAAUGUCAUUGUGAGCGUGUGUGUAUUUGUUAGCGGCUCCGCCCUCUCGGUCUGCUAGGCAACAUCAUUUGUUGCAUUUUUCAAACAGGAAGUGGGAGUUGAGUAAUACUCUGGUAGGGGGUGACUUGCUCUUUAAAUCUGUGAAUGUAGUUUAACUAACAUGAGUAUUUUAGUUAGAGUUUUCCCUUUGUUUUGUCUUUCUGAAGCUUGUUAGCUCUUCUCCCAGAUGGAUGCGGGAGCUAUUGGUUUUUAGUUACGGGUGCUACUUUAAUUUGAAAUGCUUCUUCAAGUGUUUUUAUUUAUUCAGCUUAAAAAUGACUUGCAACACAAUGGUUGAACAUUUACAGUAAAUUGGGAGCAAGGUUUAGGAAACUUUAGAAACUACACCAGUGGCCAUUUUGCAUGCAGAGUGUAGCACUGAGUCCCGCCAGGAAAUGCGAUGCAUUUGUCUUCACAAUUGAUUAAACAUGUCUGCAAUUUUUAACUAUUGACACAAGAAUCCUUGUUUCUUUCCUGCUUGGUAAAGUCCUUUGUAGAGUCUGCAAGGUCACCAAACAGGUUACUGAUUAUUAGUAAACGUCAUUACCACAAAUUGUUGAUUACAGCUGGCAGCGUUCAACUAUUACAAGCAAAAGAAAAUGGAAAACAGCAUGUAUAAAUUUAAAUCAGCCAGUAGGAUGGCACAAAUACUUUUAAACUCUUUAGUUAACUUUCAAAAUGAAAUUUACUAAAAUAAAAUCUAAUAGAGAUUUUAAGCCAAGUUCUCUGAGGAAAAGCUUUUUACUUGUAAUUAAAAAAAUCUGAUCUGUGACUUAGAGUUUCACAUGCAGGAUGAACAAUUGACAUGAAUAUGUAGAUGCAUCAUUUGGUGCAGGAGAGGGUGACAGUGCCGCCGCCAUAUUGGAUGGUCUCCUCACUCUCCAACCCCAACUGGAGUCAAUGCAGAGUGAGCAACUGUGCCUGCUUGUGUGCAGCCUACAGUUGCAACAACCAGUGCAUUUUUAAAAAUAGAUCACCAGGGAAAGUCUGACUUUUCUAGCCUACCUGAUUUUAUGUUUUAAAGUAUUGAAUUUAAUUAUAUUUAAAUAUAUUUAUAUUUUAUCAUCAUACCAUACCAUAUGUCUGAUUUUGUGAAAAAGUCUAAAAACAUGUGAUUUUAGUUGGGUGAACACUAGGGAUGAGAACUGGUUAAAUUCUGGAGAUACGAUAUGUAUCACAAUACGGUGAGACGAUAUGAUAUAUCAGGAUAUAUUGCGAUACAUUGAGCCAGACGUUUGUAGCGAUUUUAUUUAGACUGAAUUUAUUCUAGCAAAAUUCAAUAAACAGUCCAAACUGAUACUUAACAUGCUUAACAUGAGGUAUCUCAACCAUAGGGAUUUACAUUUCAGUGGUGGAAACAAAACCCAAUGCACACUGCUGCCAACUAGCAUUCGGCAUUUAAAUUGCACCAAAAGAAAAGAAAAUAAACAAAUGUUUGCAUGUAAAUUCUUCCAAAAAUUAGAUACAUGGCUUUUGAAUAUCAAUGUAAUAUUGCAGGAAAAAAAUUGCGAUAUAUUGCCAUAUCGAUAUUUUCUUACAUCCCAAGUGAACACCUUCCUCAGUACUGGGGGGCGAAUGGAGACCCAUCCAAGAUGGUGGCCCACUGCUACACCAACUCCGAUAGGCAGUGCCAGUCCACGUCUGCGUGUCUUUGUUUAUGAUGUCUGUGGGAUGAAUAUGAAAAUAGUAUAAGCUAACCUUUAGCAUUAGCUACUCUACAACAAAGCAGAACUCCUACAAGCUUGUGUUAUUUCUGGAGAUAAAACAUCAAAGGUUUAGAGCAAACAGGGUCAGUGGUAGAGUCGCUUUGCUGUUAGCCAGUUAGAGACGAGAUGUCCAAAUAUCUGGAAAUAAGUCCUGCCGUUUUCUGCUCCGGCUCACUUCUACUUCCUGAAACAGGAGUGCCGGAGCUUUUUCCCUCCACAAACAAGGACUCACAAGACAUUCAUUUAUAUAGAGACCACUGCAAGUGUGUUAAAAAAUCAGUGAACUUGGUCUUUAAUGAGAUUCGUCAGCAAAAGCAUGAGGAAGGGAAUCUGAAUUUUGUUUUUUCUCUAAUGCGAGGGAUCAGGUCACAUGAUGCACAUAAUAAAUAUGAAUCGCCUCUAUUGAUCCGUAAUCGCUCCUCCUCUCAAAUUUGACUCACACUUUCUGACUUGCAGAAAUUUAAUUAAGAAGACUUCCCAAGUAUCUGACAGGUGCUUGAGAUCCUGUAAAUGCAUUGAAUAUUAAUGUGGUAUUUUCUACCUAUGAUACUCAAUACAAUGACAUUUAUUUUAGCCUAGAUACGUGUGUAAAUCCUCCCCACUGUUUUCCUAAGUUCCCAUUAAGGCCAAAAAGAGUGCUGUUGAGGUUUUUUAAAACAAUGUAUUAACAAAACAGCCACAUUUGACUGUCUGAAUGUUGUUGCAGCAUUUUUAUAUGUUUAUUGAGUUUUUCAUUUUCAUCAAAGAGAAGCAUUUGUGUGUAUGAAUGUAUCACGAGGCAGACAGCAGAGACGGGUCAGCACUAAACCCUGCUCAGCUCUGGGAUCCAGAAACAAAAGAAAACUCAUUUCAGUGGAAAAAUGCUCCGAGGCACGCAGCCCAGAGAUCUGAUGCCUGAUUGUCUGCUUCAAGUGUCACAUGUAAUGCAACAGAGAGAGCAGGAAAACAGGGAAAGGCUAGCUGAUAAACAGCAAGCCCUCUCUGUUUUAGCACUCUCUGUCUGUGUGGAUUAAUUAAAAAAAAACAGCAGUUCUUAGAAAAAGAUCUGUCUCGUGACUACUUAUCUGGCAACUGUCCUGGUUUUAAAUCCGAAACCUCCUGACAUACUAAUUCCAGGGUUUCCCUUUGGGAAUUCACACACGUUCCUCUCUGGACUUGUUUUACUUAACCCAACAGAUCUCUGCAGCUGCAGCUGAUUAUGUUUCAUCUGUUGUCGGUUCUGCUGGGAGAUCAGCGUCUCACACACAGACCUGAGUGUAGCUCCAUGGACGUCUACUCAUUUACCGCAACAACACAACAACAUUAUGCCUUUUGCAAUCUGUGUGUUCAUUUUGGUUUCAUGUUCUGUUCUUUACCUGCCAUCUCCACAAAGAGUGUGUUAUCUAAUUUAGUGUGUGUGUGCAUUUUUCUUUUAUACUGAUGACCAUGUCACCAGUGUUAUCAACAGGCGCAGCUGUGUAUUAUAAUAAUAAUACUAAUAAUUAUGAAGUGUAACGAAUAUAAAAAUAAAAUAUUUUGUAUAAAUUGCAAAAGUUUGUCAAGUGAUUUUAAAAGAUGUGACUUAAUUGUUGUUUUAGCUGAUUUAACUUUUAAAAGGAAUUUAUGUUAAAGGUUAUGAAUAUUUAAUAUUUUAUCAGUUGUCAAAAGACUUUUGAACAAUCUAAACCGCCUUACAAUUAGUAAUUUAAAAUUCUCAUUUAUUUUUUAAUUUCUCUCCUCGUUUGCUUCUGGCCAAAGUUUCCCUUUCCUGCAAAUAACGUGAUGAGACACGUUGCCCUUACUCUUAGAGCCAUCACGUUGUGGGAGUUCAGCUGCUGUCCGGAUAAUCUGAAGGUGAGAUUAACCUCAGGGAAU